AUGUCUGGCUCUCCUAUCGACAAGAACGCUGUUUUCGUGCACGACAACACAGUCCCUCCCGUGCACAACAGCUUGCUCGCUCUCUUCUCCCUCAAGGGAAAAACUGCCAUUGUCACCGGUGCCGGUGCUGGCAUCGGUCUCUGCGUCGUCCAGGGUCUUGCCGAGGCCGGUGCCAACGUUGCGUUGUUCUACAACUCAAACGACAAGGCCCCCGAACGAGCUGCCGAGAUCGCGCAGAAGUAUGGCGUAAAGGCCAAGGCUUACCAAGCCGACCUCCGCGACCACAAGAAGGCCGAGGAUACCAUUAACCAAGCUGUAAAUGACCUUGGCGGCCGCCUCGAUAUCUUUAUUGCCAACGCCGGUAUUCCAUGGACCCAGGGUGCCAGUGUCGAUGGCCCCAUCCAGCACUACCUGGACGUUGUGCAGACCGACCUUGACGCUACCUGGUACUGUGCCCGUGCUGCCGCCGCUCACUGGCGCCGCCAGAAAGACGAGGGCACUGACUUGUUCGGCAACAAGCUGGAAAACUUCACCUACGGCAGCUUUGUUGCUACUGCCUCCAUGAGCGGCCAUAUUGUCAACAUUCCCCAGCUGCAGGCUCCUUAUAACGCCGCCAAGGCCGGUGUUAUUCACCUCGUCAAGUCUCUUGCCGUUGAAUGGGCUAAGUUCGCUCGCGCCAACACCAUCUCUCCUGGCUACAUGGCCACGGAGAUCUCCAACUUCAUUCCCCAGGAGACACACGACCUCUGGAAGAGCAAGAUCCCUCUGGGCCGUGAGGGCAUGCCCGAAGAGCUCAAGGGCGCUUUCUUGUACUUGGCCAGCGACGCAUCCAGCUAUACCACUGCCGCCGACCUCCUCGUCGAUGGCGGCUACGCUGCUCCUUAA